AUGACUGCCAUGACUUACACGUUGACGGGGUUUGCACCGUUUCUUGAGCUGAGACGUGUCACCUUCUUGGAGCCGCUGCCUGCUGUCCGAGUGUGCAGCGUCUGCGGCAUGGUACCGUCCUGCACGGCGCUCCUGCCCUGCUGUCACGUCGUGUGCAAGGGGCCCUGUGGCCGCCAAGUCGAAACAGACAAGCGCUGCCCUUUGGACGGCCGCUUGGUCACCGCCGCCAGCAUCAUGCAGCACAACUUCGAGCAGUCCGAACUGGAGCAGCUCCUCGUCCAUUGCCUCAACGGCGCCGACAACUGCAGCUUCACCUGCAAGCUGGGCGAACUUAGGGGACAUGUCUCGGAGUGUUUCAGCGAUAUCGUCGAGUGCGCCAAGUGCAGGAGACAGGUGCGUCGCGACGCUGCGGCGAGCCACUGCCGGACGUGCGGCGGAUCGGCGACCUCCACGACUGGAGACGUUUGCGGCGACGUCGUCGAAGAGGUUGCUCGCAUGAGGGAAGACCUCGAGAAGCUGCGCGGACGGGUGUCCGAGGAAGACACGGUAAAUGCCGUCGUCGUCAACGACGUGAACUCUCUCGCGCAACGCGCCGUGCACUUGGAGGCUCAGCUGGUCUCACUGGUGAAGGAAAACGCCAAAUUGAAGGGCCCGAUACUCGCAGGCUCUCCCGAUGUGAUGGUUGCAACCGGACCAGUGCCGCACUUCAACCGUUUCGCGGUAGUGCAAUAA